UGUUGUUGUUGUUGUUGUUCUUGUUGUUGGUGUCCCGGGACACCUGCUGCCUCAAACCCGAUCCGGAGGACUGGGAUCGGCCGGAAGAGACGCUUGUUGUUAGCCUGUUAGCUUGUUAGCUAGCUGCGUAGUUAGCCGAGCUGGUGGACUUCUUCUCCCACUCGCACUUCUGCCUGGUUCCGUUGCUCCGUCUCGCCUUCACGCACCUCGAGAUGAUCGCGUUUAAUUAAACAAAACGACCCGCUGACGCGCGGGGCGUUGAUGGGACGUUUAACUCGUAACGUGGGACAUGAAUUGGCUUCUCUUUCGGCUCCUCUGCACCUAAACCGGUCCUACGGUUUAACGGGCGACCGUGUUAACUGGAGACUUGCGCGUCUGUUUAUUUAUUUAUUUUGACAUGAUGUAUAUGAUGUAUAUGAGAAGGGUUGACACCCUAUUGACAAAGUAAACUAUACGUGUUCUCUUCCUAUGUUCAACAGCUGUGGUAACGGCGACAACAACGGACGCGUUGGGCUGAAAGUCUCCAGUUAACGCGGUCACUCGUUAAACCGUAACACCGGCUAACUAAGCUAAGCUAAGCUAGCUGCCGCUACACCGCGUCUCAGCGAGGUGUCUCGGCCUCGCAGGUUCAUUAGAUGCCUUGUGGUUCGGUGUCAACAUGAAUCAUAGUGUUUAUACUUUUUAUAUCUACACAACUUUACUCAUUUAUCGUUUUUUGUGUUUGUUUACUGGUCUGUCGGAGCCACCAAACGGGUACCGAGUUAGCUUCGUCCUCCUCAAAACAAAACGUCAGCCAAGUGAGGAGGUAAAGGUGUGAAAGUGGAGAUAAAACCCUGAAGGUGUAGCCCGGAGGACCCGUCGACCGACCAGAGAAUCAUGGAGCCGGAUGUGAUCCGCAUCUACUCGUCCUCGCCGCCCCCGAUGGAGGACGGCGCGGAGGACGACGACAACGAGUUCGGGGACUUCGGCACCUUCGCCGACAUCCCGAACAGCGUCAGCUUCACCGAGUUCGACACCCCGACCACGUUCGACCAGAGCCAAGCUCUGGCCGCCACCUCCCCGCCGGAGAUCCUCAACAGCAGAGUGGGGACGGGGUUCAGCCACCGCUCCUCUAACGGCACCCGCGGCCCGAUCGGCGAUCUGUCCAAGGCCAACGGCGUUGUGCCGGCAGGCCGCCCGGGCAGCAGUCCCUCAGAAAGAACUGAGACGAAAAAGGUCCUCUCCGGCUCUCUGGGUUUCCCGGGGGGCGUCACAGUCGGCGGCGGCGACUGCAACGGCGGCGGUGCGGAGGUGCUAACUAACGGGUUCGCAACCUCUGACGGUCAGGGAAGCCCCCCCUCGCAGAAUUCUGUCCACUCUCGUAUAAAAGGGCCGUCCACCGAGGAUACGGGCGGCGGCCCCGAGGACGAUUUCGCAGACUUUGCCGCUUUUUCCAAUGUCGAGGGACACAUCAGCCCGGAAGAGGAGGAGGAGGAGGAGGACGAGGACGACGACGACGACGACGACGACGACUCCAUGGGGCGCAGCCGGCCGGCGGAGGCCGCCUGCCACGAAGAGCACUGUGACGCGGAGCAGGAAACGCCUUCAGAAGACAAUGUCAGGGACUCGCACAGAAUCGGACCCGGCGAGUCCGGCUCCGAUUCCAUAUCCGUUCCCGCUGAGGCCCCCGGUGGCUCGUGCAACACGGACCGGGGCUCUCCGCAAAGGGACGUAGCCGUCGCACCGCAGCACUUGGCCCCAGAGGCAGUUUGCACUCUCAGACCCCCCCUCGCUCUGAACGGGGUGGACGCAGCCCGCGGGGACGAUUCCAACGGCGCUGCGAGCUGCGGCGAAAGCGACCUCUCGCCGGAUGCAGCCGCAGACGGCGAGGCGGGACAGUCGGAGGGGAAGGGCUCCGGUAACGACACGGAGACGGAGACGUCGCUGGGCCGGCCGCUGUCGACGGACGCUCUGGAGGAGUUCGGCGACAUGAGCACCACGGGCUCGGUGCCCUCGCCGCCCCUCCGAGGGGAGGCCGCCACGCCGGCCGACCACAGCCAGCUGGCCGAGGACGACGAGGACUUUGGUGACUUUGGAGACGCCGGCUCAUUCGGCGGCCAGGGCUUCGCCGACUUCGACCAGCUGGAUGUCCAGCGGGAGCCGAGCCGGCCGGGCAGCCCCGCCGCCGCCCGGGAAACCACAAACGGCGAGGACGAAGACGACUUCGGCGACUUCAACUCCCCCAAAUGUCACGCCGGUGAAAACGAGGGGGAGGAUGGAGGCGAGUUUGAGGACUUCCCCGUCAGCGACAGUUUCGGGAAUUUCAACUCGGUGGCUGACGGCGAGGCGGAUGCCGGGUGGAGCGCCUUCGGGGAGCAGCAGCAGCAGGUCCACGACGAGGAGGAGGAGCAGGAGAAGGGGGAGGAGUCCUGGGCGGCUUUCAGCACGGACCAGAGCGUCACUCCUCCUGCAGAGAGCAGAGAGGAGGACGAGUGGCACGAGGGCGAACUUCCCGCAGUCAGCAAGGAAACCAUCAGGACAGACCGACAGUCGGCGUCGCUGUCUCUCCGUCUGGAGAAGCUGUUUCAGGGCAGCUUCCCUCAGACCGCCGCCCCCCCUGUGGAGGACGAGGUGGAGUCCCUGAGGGUCCUGGUGGGACCUCCGGAGGACCAACUUCAUCCGGGAGCCGAUGAGGAGAAGAAGAAGACGACGACGUUGCCUAGCAACGGGUGUGUGCGUGGCGGCGUCUGGCUGCACCUUCAGGACAUCCACGAGUCGGUCGGCCUCCGGUACCAGUGGGGCGGCUCCUACUGCAACAAGGCGCUGCUCUGCUGCCUCGGCAUCGACACCCGGAACAUCCUGUUCACGGGACAAAAGAAGCAGCCGGUCAUCGUGCCCAUGUACGCCGCCAGCCUGGGGAUGCUGGAACCAACCAAAGAGCCCGUGAAGCCCGUCUCUGCAGCAGAGAUGAUCGCCUCCAUAGCCCAGGCGCCUCCAGCGGCUCCAGAGACCAGCUCCUGUCCCUCGGACCCGGUCCAGCAGGAGGCGCUCCCACCCGUCCAGUUCGACUGGAGCAGCAGUGGCCUUACCAACCCUCUGGACGCGAGCGGAGGCUCGUCUCUAUUAAACCUGGACUUCUUUGGUCCUGUGGAGGAUUCAGGCUCCAGCAGCUCGCCCUCCAUCCCAGGCGUCGACCCGGAGCUGUACGAGCUGACGACGGCCAAGCUGGACUCCGGCGGCCCCGGCAGCCGUGUGGCGGACGCCUUCGCCCGCCUGAUGUCCACCAUGGAGAAGACCAGCACGUCCACCAGGAAGCCGAGGAAAGAGGAGAACCUGAGCGACGAGGCGUCCAAAGUGAUCGCCGGUCUGCCCGACCUGUCCUUCAUGCAGGCCAAGGUGCUGAUGUUCCCCGCCACGCUGACGCCGCUCGGCUGCCAGGCCACGCCGGACUGAAGCCCCGCCCCUCUCCUCUUCCACUGACAUCCCCUCUGCCCACAGGCCCCUUCCCCACCGACCGGGCCCAUCUUAACAAGUUGUCCUCGCCUUCUUUCUUUCUUUCUUUCUUUUUAUUCUUCUCUGGCUGCGUCCUUAGUUCCUUUCAUACUUAAUUUAAUUUUUAAUUUGCGCUUUUUGUUUUUCAACUCAUACACUUUUUUUAUUAUUAUUAUUAUUAUUAUUAUUAUUAUAAAGCGAAGCAUUUAUGAUCACAGGGAACCGCUUGACCUGCACAUUUAACAGGAAAAAAGGAUUAAUUUAUAGAGUUGAUAAUUUAUAGCAGGAGGUGUAGAUGUGUGUGUGUGUGUGUGUGUGUGUGUGUGUGUGUGUGUGUGUGUGUGUGUGUGUGUGUGUGUGAGCGCCGUUCAUAUCUAGAAGAAUCAUCGUGUAUAUAAUCAGGGAUAAAAUGUCGAUAUUCCUUUUCCGUUCUUAAUUCUGAGCGAUUCUCCGGCUGGUUUUUCCGUCUCCGUGUUCGUGUCUGUGAAGGAAACACUUGGCUGAAGCUCUCGGAAUCAAAAUGAAGUGGAAUACAUGUACGUUUUUAAAUUAAUACGUUUAUAUACAUCUAUAAAAUCCCUCUCUAUACAUAUAAAUAUAUAAAUAUAUAUUUAUCGACUUGAAACCACACUGCCUGCAAAAUCCAGCUGGAUGUUUUUGUCCCCUUUCGUUGUGUUUAAAGGCCUUUUUUUUAUUUACCUGCAGUCUGUGUCGAUUUUCUUCGUGUCCACUUUUUCUUUUUUUUGUCAUUUAAUGCACUUUUUCUUUCUUUUUUCUUUUUUUUUAAAUAUAACUUAUGCCCCCCGCCCUCCUGUUUUUUAUUUUUCACUCUUACGUUCUUUAGUCUUCUGUUGUCAUGCGGAGCUUUUUUAUUUUGUAUUCCACGUUAUUUACACGUGUUGCGGCCGCUGGAUUAACAACAAGUUUCUUUCCUCGUUUGUGUCGUUUUCUCUCUUUUUAUGGCGGUGAAAACGGGACUUUUUCUUCUUUUUGUUGGUUAAAACCACUGAAACGUACGUUUCUCUUUAGUGAAGGUCGACUCUCAUCGGAAGGGAAUCGAGGGACCAAUUUGUGCGCGUACGUCUGAUAUGAAGUGCUUUUUUUUUCUUUUUUUUGUGUGCGAUAUUUCUUUUGGUUAUUUUUCUUUUGCUCAUGCUACUGUCGGGCCCCGUCGUCUCCCAGGAGGAUUUUGCACAUUGUAAAGAUGAAAUGGAUGUAAUCAUAGUUCACUGUGGCUUUAGACUGUGCAGUUAAAACUAUGGACUGUAAAAUGUACGGGAAAAUUCCUAUGGAAAAAAACUGAAUCACUUGAAGAGCCUGUCAAAAGGUUGUUGUGCAUGCCCGGGUUCUUUUGAGACGAUACGUGUGUAAAUUUUACUUUUAGUGUACACAAGAAAUUAAAAUAGUUAUCUUCUCUGCU